CUAUUCCAACUCUCUUCCUUCACCCUCUCUCUCACGUGUUUCUUUCUUUCCUUUCUUCCAACCAUUUUCCCUCUCUCUUCUCUCCCUUUCCACACCACCUCCUCCUCCUUUCUCUUAUUGACCACCGUCUUCCACCACCGGUUGUCGCUACCACCACCCUCGUAAGCCAUAUUAGCCUCAGAUCUCACCACCACAACCAUUAGAUCUCACAACCACCGUUUCAUCCUCAUAUCUGACCACUACCACAUCUCCGACUCACCACCGAAACACAGAACGGCGACGACAACAACGAGUUCUGGCGAGAUGAAACAGUAUCGUCGUGGCCAUUGGAGGUUGAAACGGAAAAUACAAGGAGGAGCGCGGAGAGAAUACGGAGGGGAAGAGAACCGGUGGCCGUGAGAUAGAGAGAAAGAUGUCGGUUGGUGGUGGAUGGGGUGAGAGAGGGACGAAAAUAGCAGUCGGUGGCCGGCGGAGGCAUGACCGAGAAAGUGGAGAGGAAAAGAGGAAGUGGCUGAGAGUGAGAGAGAGAGGGUUGUGGAAAACUCAUCCCAUUGAAGAAAUCAAUUCAUAUUACAUUGACAUUCCCGUGUUUGAAAACUUAACAGUACUUCGACUAUAUUGGAUUUUUCAUGUCCUUUUUGACUGGGAUGAUGUAAUGAAAAUGCUCCAAAGUUGUCCCAAACCUCAAGAUUUUACCAUUUCGAAGUGGACAAGCGAUUCAGAAACCAAAGAGGAUUGGAAAUACCCACAUCAUGUUCCUGAAUGUGUUUCAUCUCAUUUAACAACAUGUAACAUUUUACACUAUCUAGAUGUGGAACCUGAUUUUCGAUUUGCAAGGUAUAUUUUUCAGAAUGCGAGACUUCUACAGGAUAUGAAAAUUCACCCUAUAUCUUAUAGACCCAAACGUGAACUUUAUGAAGAAUUAUCCUCCUGUCCAAGGAUCUCUAAUUAUACAAAUAAAUGGUCUUCUAAUUAUAGGGUGCACUUAAUAACUGUGCAAUGUAUGUUAUGCUUAGCAUUUUCUGUAACCAAAUUGCUUGAGUAAAAUAAUUUGUGGCUGUUAUAUAUAAUGUCCAUACUUGCA